GCUCAGCCUCCGCCUCUACUGACGCAGAGCUGUGGUGCCGUCAGUCACGUCGGCAUGAGAAGAACUAACAAAAACAGUUUCACGGCGCUUAGUUUUAACAUCACUGGGGAAGAAAACUAUUCCUUCAGCACCCCUUGCUAUUCUUCGCAGGCAAGACGAUGCCACUACUUGUCCGUUUUGUUUCUUGUAACGUAGGGUGAACGGAAGAAGCUAAUUAGCUUGCUAGCUGUAUUGAGCUACACAGUCUGACAGCCAACGUCCGCAGUUUGUAGCCAGCUAGUCACUUCCCUUUGAAUAAGGCUAAGCAAUCAUGACACAAAAAGUCAAUCUGUGUUCAGUUUCCCUUGGAGUGGAGGGUAUGACUUGUGGCUCCUGCGUCCAGUCCAUAGAGCAGCGCAUUGGGACUCUUCCUGGAGUGAUAAAUAUAAAGGUGUCUCUAGAGCAGAAGAAUGCCACUGUCAUAUUUGACUCCAGCCAACAGAGCCCAGAGUCUUUAUCAGAGGCCAUUGAGGACAUGGGCUUUGAAUCAAGUCUGUCACAGUCCAGCACAGUCACACCCAUCUCUACAGACACCCAGCUCAUUCCCACCUCAGGCCUGACACCUGCAGCCCAUCAGGAGGCUUUGGAGAAGUUAUCCCAGGUUCAGGGAGUGCUGGAUGUCAGGGAGAGUCUUGAGCAGAUGGGUAUCACUGUCACCUUUGUCCCUUCUGUGACCACUUCUCAACAGCUGAAUGAGAUGGUGGCUAGUUUAACACCUUUGGAGAUCCCCACGCCCAGCAGCCCUAUGCAAAAAAGCCCAGCCUUAUCCCCAUCUCACACCACGGGAGAAGGGGUGUCGCUCCUGAAGUUACGCAUUGAAGGAAUGACUUGUCAUUCCUGCAUCACCACCGUUGAAGGGAAGAUUGGAAAACUGAAAGGAGUAGAAAGGAUCAAAGUUGUUUUAGAGACUCAGGAAGCUACAAUUGUGUACCUGCCUUACCUCAUCACUGUCCAAACCAUCAUUGACCAGAUUGCUGUGGCUGGCUUCAAGUCGUUUGUCAAGUCCAAGCCUCGCCCCCUGCAGCUGUCACCCAGUGAAAUUGAACGCUUUGUUGAUUCUCACAAACAAAACCUUUCUUCACCAUCAGAGGACACAGAAAUCUUCGUAGAUCUGACACUUGUCAUUCUCAGGGUGAAAGGCAUGCACUGCCGUUCAUGUGUGAUCAAUAUCGAAGAGAAUAUCUCUAAGCUGCCUGGUGUGUCCUCUGUUGAAGUGUCUCUGGAGAAGGAGAAGUCCUCCAUUUGCUAUGAUCCUCUAAAGAUCACAGUGACUCAGUUGCAGCAGGCAAUUGAGGCUCUGCCCCCAGGAAACUUCAAAACUCAACCCUGGGACUCCUCUGGCCCUCUCAGUACUAUAUCUACAUCACCCAAGCCUGCCUUGUUGUCACCUCAGCCAGCAGGAGCAACUCAGAUCAAACUGGCUGCCUCACAGCCUUGUUUUAUCCAGCCUUUGGCAUCUGUAGUCAAUAUUCACAUCGAGGGUAUGACGUGCAACUCCUGCGUGCAGUCCAUUGAAGGCAUGAUCUCUCAAAUGAAGGGGGUGAUGUCUGCGCAUGUCUCUCUGGCUGAUCACCAGGGGAUUUUUGAGUAUGAUCCUCUCCUGACCACACCAGAGGAGCUGAGGGAGGCCAUAGAGGACAUGGGUUUUGAUGCCUUCCUACCUGAGACCAAUUCUCUGCUGCCUGAGCCGGUCUGCAGUUUCUCAAAGUCUUCAAGUCUAGCACCUGUGAAAGAUAUGGACCUGGAUCGUGACCUCCACAAAGAAACUCCCCAGGGACGCAACGGAGGCACACACUCUAAAUGUUACAUCCAGAUCGGAGGGAUGACCUGUGCUUCCUGUGUGGCAAACAUUGAGCGAAACCUCAAGAACGAAACUGGUAUCUACUCGGUUCUGGUAGCACUAAUGGCCAGUAAAGCAGAGGUGCGUUACAACCCUGAACUCGUCGACCCUGUGAAGAUAGCCGAGUGUGUGAAAGAGCUGGGCUUCACCGCCUCCGUUAUGGAGAACUACGAAGGUUCAGAUGGAAACUUAGAGCUAGUGGUCAGGGGAAUGACUUGUGCCUCUUGUGUUCACAAAAUCGAAUCCAGCCUCAUGAAAGAGAAGGGGAUUAUAUAUGCCUCUGUUGCCUUGGCAACCAACAAAGCACACAUUAAAUACGACUCGGAAAUUAUAGGGCCGCGAGACAUCAUGAAGCUAAUUGAGAAUCUGGGAUUUGAAUCAUCUUUGGUAAAGAGAGACCGCACUGCCACUCACCUGGAUCACAGCAAAGAGAUACGACAGUGGAGGAAAUCUUUCCUGGUGAGCUUGAUUUUCUGCGUGCCUGUGAUGGGCAUGAUGAUGUACAUGAUUAUAAUGGACCACCAAAUGAAGGUUUCACACAAGCAUGACACCUCAGCAGAGGGCCAGAAACACAAUGCCUCCACCAUGUUUCUGGAGAGACAGCUGCUCCCAGGCCUCUCCAUCAUGAACCUCCUCUCCUUCCUCUUUUGUGUACCUGUACAGUUUAUUGGAGGUCGCUACUUCUACAUUCAAGCCUACAAAGCACUCAAACACCGAUCUGCCAACAUGGAUGUGCUGAUUGUUCUGGCCACCACCAUAGCCUUCACCUACUCACUGAUUGUCCUAUUGGUGGCCAUGGGAGAGAGGGCGUCAAUCAACCCCAUCACCUUCUUCGACACUCCGCCGAUGCUCUUUGUCUUCAUCUCCCUGGGACGCUGGCUGGAACAGAUAGCCAAGAGCAAGACAUCUGAGGCUUUGUCCAAGCUGAUGUCUCUGCAAGCAACGGAGGCCACGGUGGUCACUCUCGGCAGCGGAAAGACUAUUCUCAGUGAGGAGCAGGUGGAUGUUGAGCUAGUGCAGAGGGGUGAUGUGGUCAAAGUUGUUCCUGGAGGGAAGUUUCCAGUAGAUGGCAGGGUCAUUGAGGGGCACUCCAUGGCCGACGAGUCUCUCAUCACAGGUGAGGCCAUGCCAGUUACUAAGAAGCCCGGGAGCUCUGUGAUAGCAGGCUCCAUUAACCAGAAUGGCUCUCUGCUUGUCAGUGCCACGCAUGUUGGCAUGGAAACCACGCUGUGUCAGAUUGUCAAACUAGUGGAGGAGGCUCAGACCUCAAAGGCUCCCAUCCAGCAGUAUGCAGAUAAGAUCAGUGGCUACUUUGUACCCUUCAUUGUUGGCAUAUCCGUCCUUACACUAAUCGCCUGGAUCAUCAUUGGGUUUUUGGACUUCUCAUUAGUGGAAAAGUACUUUCCUGGUUACGACAAGAGCAUUUCCAGGGCCGAAGCAGUGAUUCGCUUCGCCUUCCAGGCCUCCAUAACCGUAUUAUGCAUCGCCUGUCCCUGUUCCCUUGGCUUGGCAACCCCAACAGCUGUCAUGGUGGGCACAGGGGUUGGAGCCCAAAAUGGCAUCCUGAUAAAGGGAGGAGAGCCACUUGAGAUGGCGCAUAAGGUCCAGUCAGUGGUGUUUGAUAAGACUGGGACCAUCACAUAUGGUGCUCCGAAAGUUAUCCAGGUCAAGAUAGUUGUGGAGGGGAACAAGAUGCCUCGUUCACGACUGCUGGCCAUCGUGGGCACAGCUGAGAACAACAGUGAACACCCUCUGGGAGCAGCGAUCACCAAAUACUGCAAACAGGAGCUCGGCACAGAGUCUCUUGGAACGUGCACAGACUUUCAGGCAGUGCCGGGCUGCGGCAUCCGAUGUCAGGUCAGCAACACAGAGACGCUGCUGAAACAGGCGGACAGCGACAGUGAGGAUAACAACCAGCGCAACAGCGUCCUUGUUCAAAUCAGCGACACCCGGAUGUCCACCAGCUCCCAUCCACUCAUCAUGGAUCCACAGCCACUAAGCCUCGUCCAGACAGCCACCUAUGUCGUCCUGAUUGGCAAUAGAGAGUGGAUGAGGAGGAACUGCCUGCAGAUCAGACCAGAUAUAGAUGAGGCCAUGACAGACCAUGAGCGCAGAGGACGCACCGCUGUCCUGGUUGCUGUAGACAAUCUGCUGUGUGCGAUGAUAGCCAUCGCAGACACAGUGAAACCAGAGGCUGAGCUGGCAGUUCACACUUUGACCAACAUGGGUCUGGAAGUUGUGCUGAUGACCGGAGACAACAGCAAAACAGCACGGGCCAUAGCUGCUCAGGUUGGUAUCAGAAGGGUGUUUGCUGAGGUGCUGCCCUCCCACAAGGUGGCCAAGGUGGAACAGUUGCAGCAGGCAGGAAAGAGAGUAGCCAUGGUGGGUGAUGGUGUCAAUGACUCACCUGCCCUGGCCAUGGCUGAUGUGGGCAUCGCUAUAGGAACCGGGACAGAUGUGGCCAUAGAGGCAGCAGAUGUGGUGUUGAUCAAGAACGACCUCCUGGAUGUGGUGGGCAGCAUUGACCUCUCUAAAAAGACGGUCAGGAGGAUCAGGAUCAACUUUGUAUUUGCUCUGAUCUACAACCUGGUUGGCAUUCCUAUUGCUGCUGGUGUGUUCCUUCCCAUUGGUCUGGUGUUACAGCCGUGGAUGGGCUCUGCUGCGAUGGCGCUCUCAUCUGUCUCUGUUGUUUUGUCCUCCCUUCUUCUCAAAUGUUACACGAAGCCCACUGCUGAGAAGUUGGAGGCCAGCCUGGGGAACAGCAGGCGGCAGGGCAGCCUGUCCGAAGUCAGCGUCCAUAUUGGCAUGGGGGAGAUGCGUCGUUCUUCCCCAAAACUCAGCCUGUUAGACCGCAUUAUCAACUACAGCCGUGCUUCUAUCAACUCGUUGCGUUCUGACAAACACUCACUCAACAGCUUGGUGCUCAGCGAGCCCGACAAACACUCACUGCUGGUGGGGGAGGCGCAGUGUGAGGAGGAGUUCUGCUGAAUUCAUAAGGAUCACAUGGGCCAGCAACAACUUUGUAUACUAAAGUAGGCAGUAACUGCUUUUAAUGAAGGCUGGGCCAUGUCAAGCUGAAAGGCUAACCCUUAAUGGCCCAUCUAUCUGCUGUAGGUGCCUCAGGGCAGCACUGUUGACUUACAGAAAGCUGACAUGCCCCUUGUUUUCUUGUAGCUGAACCAGUGGAUCACAUGUACUUCAGAACACCUUCUCUUUUGUUGAGGUCACUGCCCUCAGGCUCACUAUUUGGCCAACCCUUUAAUCUUCUGACACAGUCUCUUUACAGGGGCGUGAACCUUGAAGAUGGUGUCCACGUCCAAUAUGCAGAGUGAUGCUCUGAGCUCUGCUAGUGUGGUCAUUUGCCAAUGCAAACUUUUAACAUCUAUCCAAAGACAUUUUUACAGUGUUGGCCAUAAGAGUGGACACUACAAACUUAUAUUUUAACUUGUUUUCCUUAAGUGGGCACUGUUGUAUAAUUAUAUUCCAGAAUAUUUAUAUUACCCUUAUUUAUCUUUCUCAUUAUAUCUUUUGUGAAAAUGAAGUUAUUGAAUCCAAAUGCACAUUUUCAUUUCUCUCUGAUGAUGUGUGAGGAAGGUAAGGCAGAAAACCCAAUCAAAGAAGACUUUUAACUUGCUACAAAGUGAUUUUUGUGCAAACACUAAUGGAUUGAAUUGUAAAUGUAAGUGUUACAUAAGUGCCAAUUGAAAUGCCACGUUGGCAAAGUACAACACAUUCCAAAGAUAGCGCUGUGUGGACGUUACCUUGGACUUUGUGUGUGUUGAGUGUGACCAGAGAUGAGUUCUAUAACUUAAAACAGGAAAAAAAAAAGAAGCAGACUCUGAAAGAACUCUAGGACUCACUCUAGUUGAGUUGAAAAUCUGUGUCGUCUGUGAAUAACGCCAGAUGCCUGCCUAUGAAUGUGAACGUUAACUCGCUGUUAAAUGUAAACAAGCUGUUACAUGGAUGACGUUUGUCAUCCAGAGAAGGUAUCUUGCUGUGAUGCAAUUUGUUGUGAAAAGGCCAAAUUGUACAGGCAUGUGUGUUCUCUCUGUCAUCACACUAGACAAGAUGUUGUUACUGUUUUUCAGAUUCCUAUCAGUGAUGUAACUUUUCAUGUGAUUUACACUGUUGCACUUGUCAAAGAAAUAUCUUUAAAGCCAGGAGAGCAGAGGACACAGCAGGAUCAGAAGGCUGAACAUGGCUGUGUCUCUGCAGCUAUGUUGCUGAAUUGUGAAAUUUGUAAGGUUGAAAUCAAGGAAAUUACAUCUGUCAAUUACAGAUGGCUACUAUUAAACUCUAUGCUUUAUUUUUCCUCCUGUAAAAUUUAACUACAGAGAUUUUUUUUACAUUACUACAUGCUGUCAGGAAAUAAUUACUGGAGUCUGGCUGUUCCCUCAAGGUUUGUGUGCGAAGCUUUGGCAUUUCUUGAUGACGACAAAGAGCCAUCACUUUGUCCUGCCACUUUCCUAUGAUGCAAUAUAUUCUGCAUUUGCUGCAGCUUGUUGAGUGCAGUUAUGCCAAUCUGUUGUUUUUGUGUAUUGCUUUGUGCAGACGUCCAUAGAGCUUCAGAUCUGUAUGCAGUCAAAUGAAGCAAGUCCAUGUUUGCUUUCAUCCAUAGUUCUUCUGAACAUUGUGUGCCUUGGAAUAAAACACCUUUGUAACA